AUGCAUGGGCUAAGCUGCCUUAUCUCCUGUGGUCUCCAGGUCAAGCUUUCCGUGUACUGGGACUACAUGAAGGCCAUCGGACUCUUCAUCUCCUUUCUCAGCAUCUUCCUUUUCAUGUGUAACCACGUGUCAGCGCUGGCUUCCAACUAUUGGCUCAGUCUCUGGACUGAUGACCCCAUCGUCAACGGGACCCAGGAGCACACGAAAGUCCGGCUGAGCGUCUGUGGAGCCCUGGGCAUUUCACAAGGGAUCGCCGUGUUUGGCUACUCCAUGGCCGUGUCCAUCGGGGGGAUCUUGGCUUCCCGCUUUCUGCACGUGGACCUGCUGCACAGCAUCCUGCAAUCACCCAUGAGCUUCUUCGAGCGGACCCCCAGUGGGAACCUGGUGAACCGCUUCUCCAAGGAGCUGGACAGGGUGGACUCCAUGAUCCCAGGGGUCAUCAAGAUGUUCAUGGGCUCCCUGUUCAACGUCAUCGUGCCUGCAUCGUUAUCUUGCUGGCCACACCCAUCGCCGCAAUCAUCAUCCUGCCCCUCGGCCUCAUCUACUUCUUCAUCCAGGCUGGUCUGGAGGGGAUAUAGGAGGCCACUGAGACCAAAAGACCUCUGGUCACUUGGGAGAGAAAACUCCUCAGAAGAACUUGUUUCCCGGCUUGAAAAGGAGUGGAUGAGGAACCGCAGUGCAGCCCGGAGGCACACCAAGGCAACAGCAUUUAAAAGGAAAGGCGGCAGCGGCAUGGAGGCUCCAGAGACCCAGCCCUUCCUACGGCAAGAAGGGAGCCAGUGGGGCCCACUGCUGAAGGCCAUCUGGCAGGUGUUCCAUUCUACCUUCCUCCUGGGGACUCUUAGCCUCAUCAUCAGUGAUAUCUUCAGGUUCACUGUCCCCAAGCUGCUCAGCCUUUUCCUGGAGUUGAUUGGUGAUCCCAAGCCUCCAGCCUGGAAGGGCUACCUCCUCGCUGUGCUGAUGUUCCUCUCGGCCUGCCUGCAAACGCUGUUUGAGCAGCAGAACAUGUACAGGCUCAAGGUGCUGCAGAUGAGGCUGCGGUCGGCCAUCACUGGCCUGGUGUACAGAAAGGUCCUGGCUCUGUCCAGCGGCUCCAGAAAGGCCAGUGCGGUGGGUGACGUGGUCAGCUUGGUGUCCGUGGACGUGCAGCGGCUGACCGAGAGCGUCCUCUACCUCAACGGGCUGUGGCUGCCUCUUGUCUGGAUCGUGGUCUGCUUCGUCUAUCUCUGGCAGCUCCUGGGCCCCUCUGCCCUCACUGCCAUCGCUGUCUUCCUGAGCCUCCUCCCUCUGAAUUUCUUCAUUACCAAGAAGAGGAACCACCAUCAGGAAGAGCAAAUGAGGCAGAAGGACUCACGGGCACGGCUCACCAGCUCUAUCCUCAGGAACUCGAAGACCAUCAAGUUCCAUGGCUGGGAGGGAGCCUUUCUGGACAGAGUCCUGGGCAUCCGAGGCCAGGAGCUGGGCGCCUUGCGGACCUCCGGCCUCCUCUUCUCUGUGUCGCUGGUGUCCUUCCAAGUGUCUACAUUUCUGGUCGCACUGGUGGUGUUUGCUGUCCACACUCUGGUGGCCAAGAAUGCUAUGGAUGCAGAGAAAGGCUUUGUGACUCUCACGGUUCUCAACAUCCUCAACAAGGCCCAGGCUUUCCUGCCCUUCUCCAUCCACUCCCUCGUCCAGGCCCGGGUGUCCUUUGACCGUCUGGUCGCCUUCCUCUGCCUGGAAGAAGUUGACCCUGGUGCCAUAGACUCAAGUUCCUCUGGAAGCUGUGAGUCAUGUCUCCCCUCUUGCAUGUCCAGAAUAAACCUCACCGUGCCCCAGGGCUGUCUGCUGGCUGUUGUUGGUCCAGUGGGGGCAGGGAAAUCCUCCCUGCUGUCCGCCCUCCUUGGGGAGCUGUCAAAGGUGGAGGGGUAAGUUGUGUUUUAGGGUGCUGUGGCCUACGUGCCCCAGGAGGCCUGGGUGCAGAACACCUCUGUGGUGGAGAAUGUGUGCUUCAGGCAGGAGCUGGACCCACCCUGGCUGGAGAGAGUCCUAGAGGCCUGUGCCCUGCAGCCAGAUGUGGACAGCUUCCCUGAGGGAGUCCACACUUCAAUUGGAGAGCAGGGCAUGAAUCUCUCCGGAGGCCAGAAGCAGCGGCUGAGCCUGGCCCGGGCUGUAUACAGAAAGGCAGCUGUGUACCUGCUGGAUGACCCCCUGGCCGCCCUGGAUGCCCAUGUCGGCCAGCAUGUCUUCAACCAGGUCAUGGGGCCUGGUGGACUACUCCAGGGAACAACACGGAUUCUCGUGACCCACGCACUCCACAUCCUGCCCCAGGCUGAUUGGAUCAUAGUGCUGGCAAAUGGGGCCAUCGCAGAGAUGGGUUCUUACCAGGAGCUUCUACAGAGGAAGGGGGCCCUCAUGGGUCUUCCGGAUCAAGCCAGACAGCCAGGAGAUACAGGAGAAGGAGAAACAGAACCUGGGACCAGCACCAAGGACUCCAGAGGCUCCUCUGCAGGCAGGAGGCCCGAGCUUAGACCCGAGAGGUCCAUCAAGUCAGUCCCUGAGAAGGACCGUACCACUUCAGAAGCCCAGUCAGAGGUUCCUCUAGAUGACCCUGACAGGGCAGGAUGGCCAACAGAAAAGGACAGUAUGCAAUACGGCAGGGUGAAGGCCACAGUGCACCUGGCCUACCUGCGUGCCGUGGGCACCCCUCUCUGCCUCGACGCACUCUUCCUCUUCCUCUGCCAGCAAGUGGCCUCCUUCUGCCGGGGCUAUUGGCUGAGCCUGUGGGCUGACGACCCCGCAGUGGGUGGACAGCAGACGCAGGCAGCCUUGCGUGGCGGGAUCUUCGGGCUCCUCGGCUGUCUCCAAGCCAUCGGGCUGUUUGCCUCCAUGGCUGCAGUGCUCCUAGGUGGGGUCCGGGCAUCCAGGUUGCUCUUCCAGAGGCUCCUGUGGGAUGUGGUGCGAUCUCCCAUCAGCUUCUUUGAGCGGACACCCAUCGGCAACCUGCUAAACCGCUUUUCCAAGGAGACAGACACGGUUGAUGUGGACAUUCCAGACAAACUCCGGUCCCUUCUGAUGUAUGCCUUCGGACUCCUGGAGGUCAGCCUGGUGGUAGCAGUGGCUACCCCACUGGCCAUUGUGGCCAUCCUGCCGUUUCUCCUCUACACUGGGUUUCAGGCCCUGCAUUAUUUGACCAGAGUUGAAGUGACAGAAUUUGAAGAUAUUAAAUCAGGUUACAGAAUAGAUUGUUAUUUUGAUGAAAAUCCUUACUUUGAAAAUAAAGUUCUCUCCAAAGGAUUUCAUCUGAAUGAGAGUGGUGAUCCAUCUUCAAAGUCCACCGAAAUCAAAUGGAAACCUGGAAAGGAUUUGACGAAACGUUCAAGUCAAACGCAGAAUAAAGCCAGCAGGAAGAGGCAGCAUGAGGAACCAGAGAGCUUCUUUACCUGGUUUACUGACCAUUCUGAUGCAGGUGCUGAUGAGUUAGGAGAGGUCAUCAAAGAUGAUAUUUGGCCAAACCCAUUACAGUACUACUUGGUUCCCGAUAUGGAUGAUGAAGGAGAAGGAGAAGAUGAUGAUGAUGAUGAUGAUGAAGAGGAGGAAGGAUUAGAAGAUACUGAUGAAGGGGAUGAGGAUGAAGGUGAAGAAGAUGAAGGUGAUGAUGAAGGGGAGGAAGGAGAGGAGGAUGAAGGAGAAGAUGACUAAAUAGAACACUGAUGGAUUCCAACCUUCCUUUUUUUAAAUUUUCUCCAGUCCCUGGGAGCAAGUU